GAAGACCUUGAGUCGUCGAGAGAGAUAAAGAAGCAAGACUCCAUUGCACACCUCUUGCCACACUUGGGCCUGUGUGUGGAAGACCCCCUUUCUGGCUGAUCAGCUGACCUUUGCAGAGGUCCCAAGGCUGGCUAGGUGGUUGGUUGCCAGCCUGGCGGCCCACCUCUAUGUCCCACCUCAAGAACGUGGAAGCUCGGAUCCUGCAGUGCCUCCAGAACCGGUUUGUGGCCCGCUACGUGCCCCUCCCAAACCAGGCCAAGAUCUGGACCGUCUCACUGUCUCCACCAUGGGGCAGGGGGCGGACCCCCUUGGUGAUGGUGCACGGCUUUGGGGGCGGCGUUGGGCUCUGGAUCCUGAACCUGGACCCGCUGAGCAGCCGCCGCCCCCUCCACGCCUUUGACCUCCUGGGCUUCGGACGCAGCUCCCGGCCCCCGUUCCCCCGGGAUGCCCAGGGGGCCGAGGAAGAGUUUGUGAACUCCAUCGAGGCAUGGCGCAGGGAGAUGGGCAUUCCCAGCAUGAUCCUGCUGGGCCACAGCUUGGGGGGGUUCCUGGCAGCCUCGUACAGCUUGCAGUACCCAGAGAGGGUGAAACAUCUAAUCCUCGUGGAUCCUUGGGGCUUCCCCACACGGCCGGCAGAUCCAGCUCAGGUCCGUAGCGCUCCGACCUGGAUCAAAGCUGUAGCUACAGUGUUGGGAAAGUCCAACCCUCUGGCUGUACUUCGAGUUGCAGGACCUUGGGGUCCUGGGCUCGUCCAGCGCUUCCGUCCAGAUUUUAAGCAGAAGUUUGCCCAUUUUUUUGACGACGAUACCAUCUCAGAAUACAUCUACCACUGCAAUGCCCAGACGCCGAGUGGGGAGGUAGCGUUCAAGGCUAUGACGGAGUCGCUAGGGUGGGCCCGGCGUCCCAUGUUGGAACGCAUCCACAUGAUCCGGCGUGACUUGCCCAUCACCCUCAUCUACGGAGCCAAUUCCUGGAUCGAUACCAGCACCGGGGAGAAGGUCAGGCACCUGCGGCCAAGGAGCUAUGUCUAUGACAUGGCUAUCCCUGGAGCCUCCCACCACGUCUAUGCUGACCAACCCCAGGCCUUCAACGCUGCUGUGGAAGAGAUCUGUGACUCUGUGGACUGAGUGCCCAAGCUGGAGUGGGAAAGUAGCUUGUUUUCUGCAAUCUUAUAGCCCAGCUGCGGGGAGCCGCACAAGGCCUAUACUGCUUCCCGUGCUCCUGAGGAGCCGAAACUACAGUUCCUGUGGAUCUGGUUGCAGAUGGGUCUCCGGGGAUCUCUGCUGACCAGCCUGCACUCCCUUCCCCCCAUCACUUGACUUCCCCUUGAAUCAUCUUUCUACUUAAAGGUUGCAAAACGCCUGUUUUGGGUUAAUCCAAGUCUAACCGUGCUAAUUUUUUGUUCUUGGUUUGAUUCACCUCACAUCCUCGUGCAGCACUGGUGCCUUGUAUCAUUGGUCCCAACCAGAGUCCCUCUCUAGCCUUGCCCCAUAAUGUUAUUUCUCCUUUCUCCUUUCCUUCAUCCUACCUGUUGUCGCUCCCUACCUUUGUGUACUUGAAAGCCAACCUGUUGUAGGUUUGCAGUGGUAAGCCAUCUUGAAUCUCUGUCACUACCUUGCUAGAGAAUGCUAGAAUAAUUCUCUUUGCUAUUUGGUGCCUUUGGGAGUAAACUGCUAGCUGCCGAAGUUACUUUCUUCCUAAAAGAGACUAUUAUUAAUCCAGUCUGGCUGAGACGAAGCUGCAGGAAACGCACAGAUCCCCUUUCAGUAGUCUUCAGAUGGAAACAGAUGACAAUGUUCUGUAAUUCUGAGGAGAUGCCCUAAAAUAUUUCGGAGAGACAGAGAAAGGGAGACCCUCUACCAUGGUGUCCAGACCUAACCUCUUUCUCAUGUGUGAUGUAGCCAUACCGAUUUCCCACUCGGUUCCCCCUACCCUGAAAAAGAAAUCUAAAUCCUAGCCUAAAUCCAAGAAGGAACCAAAUAGUGUGUGAAAAUUCGCUUUGUAAUGUUCCAAACAUGUAGAAUUUCAAUAGCUUCGAGCUUGGAAUACUUCCGUUUGAGCCCCCAAACACUCACUUUGUUGCAGAACUAAUAUGAGCGAAGGUUUGGAAUAGAAACCUGUUGAAUACAGAAAGGAUGGUCAAGUUUGAGGGAUGAGGAUGGAGUUAAAAGGAAAUCCUCACUUUUAGGACCUCACACUCAAUAGCAAUGGCUUGAAGAUGAUCUGCAGGCCCUUUGCCCUUCCAAAACCAGUGGAGGACCUGGUAUUUUUAUGGAUCAGAAAAAGAUUAAGGAUCCCGAUAGAGACCUGCUCGAAAUGUGAGAGUUAGCCCAUACCUAUGCACUGUUAAUUGACCCUCAACCACGUUUGCACAUAUGUGGUUAUAACAGUAGCUCAACAGGAGGAGCACCUGACUGAUUUCUACUGAGUUUGGAAGCUGAAUGGGCUCAAGCCCAGGUACCACCAGGGAAUUUUAAAGAGAAAAACAUGACAAAUCAUUGAUGAGAAGUUUGACUUGAAGCCUGUACCCUAACCUUUUGUUCUAGCUAUGAAAGGGGGUUCUUGCUGAACCAGAAUUCCACCACCAGAGCUUGAGCAUUCUGGCCCUAAUCAUCCACGUAUGGAACUCCAGCUCUGGGGAAAGAAGGCAAUUCAGCAGAAGUAAAAAGGAGCUGGUGAGUCCUCUUUUGGGGGCAGAUGGAGGAGGAGCUGAUCUGCUGUGGUCCCUGGAAACUUCCUUGGAGAGGUUUUAGGAGGAGGCUCCACAGCUCCUGUGAAAUCCACCCAUCUCCCAGACCACCUGCUCUUACCUAACUGUCCUGGAUGUCCCUGGUGGCUAGGGAUUAUGGGUGUUGGACUCUAACACUAACCGGGAGGCUUGGCCAAGUUGGAAAAGGCCGUUCUGUUGUUGGGGGAGAGGGAAAUCCUUUUUAAACUUGGUUUGCUUUUUUUUUUUUCCUAUUAAAGUUGACUGUUGGGACUUUUAUAUCCCUGGUCCCCUGAGGUAUGAAGCUUUGGUAGAAGUAGGGUCAAAAAAGUUUGGUGUCCAUGUAGUUCUUGGAGCUGUGGCUGUUCAGACUAAGAAGCAAGCUCGUCUGUUUCUGGAGCCCUAUCCGAACCGUGUCUGACUGACUUCCUUCCUCUGCAGUGCCAUGUAUGGAAUUCCCCUUCAUUUGUACUAAUUUUGUAUGUUUAUUAAAACAAAAGUAUUGCUUAAAAAA